GGGAAAGACGAACCACGUGAAGAAGCCGUUCUAUUAGCGCAUGCGCUCUCCGCCGUACCUGCUGUGCACGCUGCUGGGGAGGCGCCGGCUGGAGUGACGGUACCUGCCACACUUGGGCCCCAGGGUCUUUGGCCGUCUUCGGGAGCUCUAGGUCUAGAUGAGAAGACGGAGACAGACCUGCUAAGUGAAGGGUCCAGAGACUUACAUAACAAAAAUGUCUAAUGCAAGAGAAAAGAAACAUGCCAAGAAAAUGAGAAAUCAACCAACCAAUGUGACCUUAUCUUCAGGUUUUGCUGCUGUUGAUGAGAGAGGAACAAAGCAUCAUAAUGGAAAUGAAAAGUCUUUCCAAUAUCAAAAACAAGAGUCCUGUUCUGGAACUCCCCAGCAUCAGCAGCCAAAACUGACACAUGUACCUUCCGAAUCUUGUGCGAAUGAACAGCCUUCCAAGGGUCAGUGCAAAGGAGAGAAGGGCAAAGGACAAGUAGGAUGGAGAGGAGGGCACCAAGGGGCUGCUCGGGAAAUCCCUAAAUAUAUAACUGCAUCUACUUUUGCACAAGCCCGAGCUGCUGAAAUUAAUGCCAUGUUGAAGGCAGUAACACAGAAAUCAUCUAAUUCACUAGUGUUUCAAACACUUCCCCGGCAUAUGAGAAGGAGGGCUAUGAGCCAUAAUGUGAAACGCCUUCCCAGAAGACUUCGAGAGAUUGCUCAGAAAGAGGCAGAGAAAACAGAGCAUCACAAGAAGGAGCAUUCAAAAAAUAAGUGUCGCAAGGCUCGGAGAUGUCAUUUAAACCUGCUCUUGGAAUUUAAUCGGCGCCAAAAAAAAAAUGUGUGGUUAGAAACUCAUAUAUGGCAUGCCAAAAGAUUCCACAUGGUGAAGAAAUGGGGAUAUUGCUUAGGGGAGAGUCCCACCAUUAAGAGCUACAGAGCUUCCUACAGAGCAAUGACAAAGCAUUGCCUCCUUCAGGAUUUAUCAUAUUACUGUUGUCUGGAGUUAAAUGGCAAAGAAGAAGAAAUACUAAAGGCACUGUCUCGAAUGUGUAGCAUCGAUACAGGACUAACUUUUGCAGCAGUUCAUUGUCUAUCUGGAAAACGGCAAGGCUCUUUAGUCCUUUAUCGGGCUGAUAAAUACCCUGAAGAAAUGCUUGGUCCCAUUACAUUUAUUUGGAAACCUGAGGAUGGCAUUAGUACUGCUCCUAUAAACAGAAAAUUGUGGUUAUGGACACAUCCAACUCUCAAGCAGGACAUAUUAACUGAACUAAAAAUAGUAUGUCAGUGUGUGCAACCUCCAGAAGCAGCUGCCUUUAUCUCUGAGGUGGCUUUGACAUCACAUGAAGAGAAAAGCCACAUUAAGCAGACUGAGAAUUGCAAGAAAAGGAAGAGGGAUGAUGAAGAAAAAAAUACCAAUCCAGUGAAAAAAAUUGUGGGUGAUGGAACUAGAAAUCCAUUUCAACCAUAUUCUUGGACAUCCUCAGCUACUGGUAUUGUAGUGAGUGAUUUGACCAUGGAAAUGAACAGAUACCGGCUGAUUGGCCCCCUAUCUCACAGUAUUCUUACUGAGGCACUGAAAACUGCUUCUGUCUAUACUGAGGUAGAAGAUGCAGAAACAGUACUUCAUAGUUGGUGGGUUGAAACCUGUAAGAAACCUGAUAGUGUAUCUGUCCAUCAUCGUCAAGAAGCCAUUUUUGAAUUAUUGGGAGGAAUAGCAUCUCCAGCAGAAAUUCCAGCAGGUACUAUCCUGGGGUUGACCGUUGGAGAUCCUCGAAUAAAUUUACCUCAGAAGAAGUCCAAGGCUUUGCCCAAUCUAGAAAAAUUCCAAGAUAAUGAAAAAGUUAGACAACUGCGCCUAGAAGGUGUGCCUGUGGAGUGUGCUCAUAGUUUUAUCUGGGACCAGAAUAUAUGUAAGAGUGUCACAGAGAAUAAAAUCUCAGAGAAGGAAUUAAACCAGAUGAGAAGUGAAUUGAUGGUGCCAGGGUCACAGCUUAAUUUAGGCCACCGUGAAUCCAGGAUACCCAUACUAUUGAUUCAACAACCAGGGAAAGUAACUGGUGAAGAUCGAUUAGGAUGGGGAAGUGGCUGGGAUAUCUUACUUCCUAAAGGAUGGGGAAUGGCUUUCUGGAUUCCCUUUAUCUAUCGUGGUGCAAGAGUUGGGGGAUUAAAAGAGGGUCGCAUACACUCUCGAUAUAAGGGAGCACCCAGUGUCCCUGAUGAUUUCCCAGACUGCCCUGCUGGAAUGUUGUUUGCCAAAGAACAAGAAAAUAAUCUUCUGGAAAAAUACAAAAGACACCCGCCAGCAAAGAGGCCCAACUAUGUCAAACAUGGUACUUUGUCCCCUUUCCGAUGUCCUUGGGAACAGUUAACUCAAAAUUGGGAAUCAAGAAUUACAGCUCAGACAGAGUUUCCUAUUUCUCCCUAUUCAUCGGCAAAUGGCAAGAGUGAUUCUGGGAGAAAAGACCUUUAUGUUGUGGAGAGUGAACAGGGGCUAAAGCUGUCUUGUGAUACUGAGACUUUGAAGGACAAACCAGAAGAAUCAGCAGAGAUGAUGGACAUCCAUUCUUCAGAUGCUGCAGUGACAAGAGACCCAAAAGAGACAGGUGAAUAUGGAAAUGAGUGUGGCAGAACAAGAGCCCCCUUCUGUGUUCUUAGGAGUAGAAAAUUAUUAAAGUGGUUAGCAGCCUGGUGUCUGCCUGUUGCUAGAAGAAAUCAAGCAGCCUUCCGAGCUUCCAGGAUGCAUCAACCUGAGCUGACAAAGGCAACCUGCCUGUCCAUCUUACAUGAGUAUCCAAGAUUCCUGGUAUGGGUCAGCCUGUCUUUGCUCAAAAAGGGAAACCCAGAGUUGCACACCAUGAUCUGUAUCCCAUCCAAAGAUGAUUUUCUGCAUCUAAAUGAAGAUCGGCUUUAUUGUGGCCCUCAAGAAUCCAGACACAAUGACCCGUUCAAAGCCAAGGCACGGAAACAAAAAGAGAAGAGGAAAAACGAGAAGCAGCAGAAACCAGAAGGAGGUGUGGCCCCAGGUCCGGCAGGAGAGCUGCGCUGCGCCAGAGCAUGUGCAGAGGGAGCUCCUGGUUUGUGGCCAGGUCCUCUCCCUGAUGUCACUGGCCAUUGCUCCCGGACCCUCCUUGGGUUUGUGACACAAGGAGACUUCUCACUUGCUGCUGGCUGUGGAGAAGCAUUGGGAUUUGUCAGUUUGACCGGCUUGCUGGAGAUGCUCUCAAGUCAGACGGCAGACCAGAGGGGGCUAGUUUUAUUGAGAACACCAGCAUCUCUGCAGUAUCGAUUUGCUAGGAUAAUUAUUGAUAUAUAAAUGCCAUUCUGUAUGACAGCAAGGUAUAAAUACUGCCAAAGAGAAUAUAGCAAGAAAAGCCUCACACUUUUAAGUUUUGCUUUUUGCCUUCUACUCUGUUACGUGAAAUUGUUUGAAAAAACAAGCUAAAAAUCUGUCAUAAUGUAUUAUGUGAAAGAAUGAAAUGCUAACUCAUCAUGUCAUAUGUUUACAUUAUUUACAUUGCUCAGUGGUGUUGAUUUCCAUUCCUUUCUUUUUCCUUUAAAAUAUUUAAAUUCUGGCUUGUAUAACUACAGUUAUUAUUAGUAUUGUGAUUUCUUGUUCUGUAUGUUUUUUGCUUAGAAAUUAUUGAAGAUUGUAGUUUUCUGUCAAAAGGGCAGAAUGCUUUGUUUGAAACAAUGUUUUAGUUCAUAUGACUAGCUAAUGUGCAUUUAAUUACUGUAAAAAAUAUAACUUUGUGGAACACAAAGGUAUCCCUUUGUGUAAUGUAACUCCUGGCUUGUUGCAAGAAUUUGUAACUAUUUUAGCCAUGGAGAAGAAAACCGUGACAAAUUUAUGGCUGCUGUCUUGUUUCAAGGCUCAACCUACUUAUGGAAAAAUGAGUUGGAUUAGAGGUAGAGCAGGGGCUCAAACCUGAGUUUGAAAAAGCCUUUUCCCAAACAUGACUGAGCAGCAUGGAUUCUCGGGAAUCACUCAAUCUUGUGCCUUGUGCAGCUUCAAAAUAUUUCUCUAAGCCAUAGGUGUAUAUAGAGCUACCUCAGCAGGAUGAUGCCUGAAUUUGUAUUCUAAAGUUAUAAAGAUGUUCUCUAAGUUAUGUUGUUAUAUGCUUAACUGCAAUCUCAAGAUGUCCAGGAAAUGUUAAAUAGCAGAUAAGAAGGGGUGAAUUUAUUAAGAAUUCCAGCAUCUGUAUACUAAUGAUGCUUAGGAAAAACAUCUGCCACUUUCCACUUGGGGAGAAACAGAUGGUUCACAAAUUAACUUUCCCUUUGUCUCCAGUAUCAGCCUCCCCCCAUCCUCCUUCCCCUUAGUGUAUAUGCCCUUGUCUGUCCUCUGCUCUUGGUAUAGGGACUUAGAGUGAGAUCAGACUUGGGACCAGUUUGGGAUUUAUUUUUAAUUUGCAUGUUUAAAUUAAAUGUUAGUGCAUGUUUAUGUAGAUUUAAUUUUUGCUACAAAAAUUGGGAAUAAAUAUUUGUUGGGUAAUGGGAGGGAGGGGCAAGUAUAGGGAAAGGGCAUAGCAUUAUUACAGUAUUUCAUUGGUUCUUUAACCAACAAUCUGAUUUCUAAUAAUUAAUAUCUUUGCAUGCCCUACUCAAUUCCCUGAAUAUAUUUAUAUCCAACCAAAGAAAUACUUUGUCUCACUAAAAAAAAAAAAAAAAAGAUUUGUAACUGAAUAGUAUCCAUCACAGUAAAUUAAAACUCAUAUCAUCAUUUGAUGUUAUAUGUUAAUGUACAGAUUGUUUAAGACACUUUGCCUAUUGCCUCAGUUACUAAGUGAUUAGAGCUAAUGAGAUCACCUUGAAACUUCACUCCCAGAAUUAUCUUAGUUUCAUCUUCAGACAACCACCUGCCAUAAGUGGUCAUGAGUAAUUAGGAGAGAGGAGAAGGGAAUAUUAUAGAGAAGAGACUAGUUGGACCUAGGCAAAAGCAUUGCCACUUUGGGAAAAAACCUAAAAACACCUACUCUGUUGUGUCACUAGCUCCAUGGGACAAUAGGUAUUCACUACAAAGGUAUUAUGCUCCUGUUAAAAUGAAAUGAUAGACAAAAGGGCUCAUUUUCAUUCAUUCUAUUUAUUAUUAAGAAUCAAAUAUUUUUGAGCCCUAUUUGCUUGUUUAUUUAGCACUAUGCUAGAAAUUGGAGAUACAGGACAAAUGCUUAUAUUGUUGGACAGAUGACAUAUAUGUUAAAAAACAAAUUAUGUGGUGCAAGCAAGUGUAAAAGCCAGCAUACAGAGGCCAAAGGCUCUAAAUUGGAUACAGUCUUAAGAUUUGGAAACCAGGUCAGAAAAGGUGAGACUCUGAAAUGGAAAGACAUUCUUUUGGCCUACAAAGCACCUCCAUAUAAUAUGAUUUCAUUUAAUCUUCACCAACAAUCCUAUUUCUUCUGCAUAAAGCUUUGAGACGAUGUGACUUGUCACAGCCAGUAAUGGAAAGAAAGAGGACCAGAAUCCAGGUCUUCUCAUUCCUAGUCCAGUGUCCUUUGUCCUAACUAUACUAAAUAAAAGGAUCCACUUAUCCAGCUACAGAAAUAGCUGUGCAUAUAAGUGGGAUGGUGAUGAGUUCAGAUGAUCUUAUAAGCCAUUAUUAAAUGUAAGCUCUUAACAAGAGUUGGUGAUUUGAAUUGUUUUGGUAAAUCCCUUUACCCUCAGAUUCUCCAUCUAAGCUUUAAAGUAGUUGGAUUUUGAGUUGCUGUGGCCAAAAAUUUCAAUCCCUGUGGUCAUUUUGAUGAUGACCAACUUAACUUUGCUGGUCCUCAAAUGACAGAAGUUUAGUUCAUGCUUGGCUUUGUUUUCAAAAUUUUUCCAGCCUGGUGUGGGAUGUCACUGGUAUAGCUUUUGAGAACUCCAAGUGUCACUUCACUGCCUCAGUGAGACGGUCAUUCAAAGAUAAAUAGCACUUUGAUGGAUCUGUGAUCUCAUUGGCACAUGGGUACUUUGUGGUACAGGUUAUAAUCCAUUCAUGCCUUCUCCUGCGUGACUGUAAAUCCUUGUCCUGUAUAUCCUCCCUGAGGAGGUCCACUUUUGUGUUUAGGGCUUUCUCUAAAGCUCUUUGACAUUGCAUGAAUACCAGUAAAUCAUGCAGGCUGUUUAUCAGUUAUUUCUGGCUAUCAUUGUAUGGACUUGUACAGUUCUCUGAUGAACAGUUUUAUCUCUGUUAUAUUUUUUUCAAGGAGUCCUGUGUGAUUUUUGAUGUGUAUGGGAGACAUCUUGUUGGAAGAUAGCCUUUAGGACAUCAUUUUAUCCUGACAAAUGUAAUUAACAUGACAUAAACUGUAGUCUUGGAAAUUAUAAAAUGUGAAUAGUAGAUGUAAAUGUGGUUUGUGUGGAGUUUAGAAAAAGGAGGCCUAGAGAGUAAAUCUUUGGCUCAAUGUGUCUCCAGUGCUUCUUUGGAGAGAAAUGUUCUGAUUCUAAACAAUCAGUAUUGGUUAUUUUAAAAUAUCUUCAAAGUAGGGGAUCAUCCUACUUUAAUCCAUCAGGCUUGAUAGACAAAGCUCUUACUUGUUUUGUAAUGUCAUUGGCUUCCUGAAUGAAUGUAUUCUGAGAAAGGGCAUGUCUGUUCUGUGCAAGUGGUCAGUAUCAGUUAUUUUGCUAGGUGUCUCAUUAUAAAUAAAUACAUUAAUUACCA